GUUUGGCAGGCCAUUGCCAGAAACUUUUGCCACUGGUUCAAAAAGAAUGAACAAUGGUGGCGCCAAAGGAGCCUUCUUCGAUCUGCUCCUAGCCGCCUGAUGAAGUUGACUUGGUGGCUUCUGGACAAGCUCUCUAAGCAUAGAAUUGCACACCAGCAGACCAGCAUUCUGCAACGCUGCAGUCAGGGCUGAGUAUGAUUCUUUAAAGCCGAUGAGUGGCUCUCUGCACUUCUGGAUGUAAGUCCUCGGUCCUGUCAUGCUAUGCUGCCGCACCCUCUGCAAGGUGGCGGCUAGGACCAUGGCUACAACAGGAUUGCAGGGAGGCAGGUUCUGCGCCUCGCUGAUGUCACUGGAGCGAUGUAUUCCACGCUCUUGCCGAACCAGAGGCAUCCUAAUUAGUCCGCGCGCAGCAAACUUCAGAGGCUUCUGCAACCGGAGCUUGUCAGAAGCGGGUGGCAAGAUCUUUCCCCUGAGGGCGCCACUGCGAAUUGGUGUGUCUUUACUUUGUUGGGACCCCCUAUUCUUACGGGGUUGUGCGUCAGUCAUCGAGCCCGGGGCAACUAUGAGCUUUCAAGCGACAUCUGCCUCAUCUCGGACAAGCAUUGGGGUCCAACCAGAGACUUCUUACAAAGCUGAGGAUAAAGACCCGGUAAAAGCAGGAAGUGACAGCAUGCGUCGAACGCAGAAGAACAAACAGGGCGAAGUUGAGGAGCCGGCUGCUUUGCCAAUAGAAGGAAUAGACGAGGCGACCGAAAGGAAGAUCGUUGACUUUGUUCGGGAGUUUGUUGACAACUCAGUUGGCAAGAGGAGCUUCUUUCCAAGAGUGACAGAGGCUCUGAGGUCAGCGGGUUUCCACCUGGAGAAGGGCGCCCUGCCUCAGCUGCUGAAGAAGCACCCCAACCUGUUCGCAUACAAUUCAGCCAACCAGUAUGUCCAGCUGAAAAAGCAGAAACCAUCGAAGGACUUUGAAGAGCUGAGCUUCGAGGAGCGCGAGCGGCGCUUUGUCGACUUCCUGGUGGCCGUCCUGCAAGAGCCCCCGAUCCCCUCCGACGGCUUCUACCUCUGCUGGCUGUCCGCACUCGCAAAGCACCCCGCUUCCGGAGUUGACCUGACCGGGUUACAGCGCAUGACCCGAAUGGUUUACAAGCACUUGGACCUCUUCGACUUUGACGGAUAUGGCACCCCGAUGAUCCGGAUUAAGCUAACCGAGCAGGGACGGUUGAGGACGCCCCCGCCACUGUCGAGGGAGUUCCGGUUGUAUCUGAGAAGCGAUCAGAUGCAGCGGUUCCGGGACGGAGUGUAUGUCGGGGAUGUGGAGAGGAAAGCUGAGAUGGAGGAGAAGGCCAAGGCUUUGACGGAGGAAGAACUAGCAGUGGUCCUCUUUCUGAUGCGGGCCGUCCACUCCAAGGGCCCAGGGGGAGUGUUAAGCUUGAAUCAUGCGGGGAUGUUGGUACAAGAGCGCGGUCUGAAGGUACGAGGGAAACACCCAAAAUUGUCAACCAUUCUCAUAAAGAGCCGGGACGCAUUCGACAUGCUUCAGUGGAUGACCCCCUAUGCGGCAGUCUCUUUGACGCAGGAAGGAUGGGACGUGGCAGAGAAGCUGCCCCAUAUAGAGGGCUUGGACUUUAGCGUAGGUAAAAAGAGUUCAAAAUCAGCGGGGGCGGAGGACGACGGAUUUGCCAAGGAAAGUGAGGAUCUAGCAGGCGAGGCACCCGAUUGAAAGGAAGAACUAUGUGAACGGAAAAUGUCGGAAGGAGGUAUAAUGCUGCGGGGUAUUUGUCGUCU